GAAAACUCCGCGGUCAGCACUUCCCACUCUCGUCUUCCCAGAAGAACCCCUGCCCCUCCCCUCACGCGAUUCCCCCCAGAUCCCUCCUCUUCUGCCCGAUCGAAUUCCCCGUCUCGAAACACGUGAAUUCCCCUCCUCCUCAAGAUCAAGAACGUCGGCUGAUGAUCGACAGCGCCAUUCGCAUUUGCCCCGUCUCAAGCUCGACAGCUCGAGCUCGCUCCCUCGGCCGCUCGCGUCGGUUCCGCCGGCGGACCCAGGUUUUGUUUUGUCGUUUUUCUCGCGUCCUCGGAUCCUGGGUCGAUCUUUCUCUGCUCGCCCGAUCUGCAUUGUCUUUCAAAAUGCGAAAUUUCGGGUUUUAGAUCUGGUGGGUCGGUUCGGUUCGGUUCUUUAAAGACUGGUGCGUGGGAUGAGUGAGCUCCUGCGAUGUUUGUCUGAUCGUUCUUGAAUUCUGCUGGAAGUGGGGGGCGCGGAGGGGGAAGGAAUGGAGGUGUCUGCUGGAAACUCUCCGAGAAUUAAGUUGGCCCGGGCCAAGAGCGAGGGAUCUGAAGGGACCCAUCUGCAGAAUCUGGAUGUAGAGUCGUCCGUUCAUGGGGGGUUCGGGCAGAGCCAGGGUGGUCAGUACCAUUACAUGAAUGCGUUGGAGAUCUUGAGGGAGACCGUGAGGAUCCUCCGGUACAAUAUGUCGAGCUUCUUGCUGAUCGCGGCAUUGCUCAUCUGCCCUGUUUCUGCGAUAACUCUGUCCAAUGCGUUGGCUGAUCAGUCGAUGCUGAAGAGGUUGACCAUUAGGCUCAUGCUGGUGGCCAAGUCCAGCGGACUCCCACUGAGGCCUUUCGUCAAACACUCGUGCCAGAAGUUCUCCGAGAUGGCAAUCUCUUCGGCCAUGUGCUUCCCUUUGUUUGUGACAUUGUCAUUGUUGUCGAAGGCUGCUGUUAUAUACUCGGUGGACUGUACUUAUUCGAAGAAAAGGGCCGAUUCAUCAAUGUUCUUUGUCAUAGCCGCUAAAAUCUGGAGGCGGAUCGUUGUGACUUACUUGUGGACGUGCAUGGUAAUUGUGGGUUGCCUCACAUUGUUCGUUGUUCUUCUGGUUGCCAUUUGCAGCGUGUUGUCUAUCAUCAGAGUUUCUGAGAAUCUGAUUGUUUAUGCAGCGUUUUUGGAGGGGUUGGUUUUCUCAGUCGCUUUUGCUAAUGCCAUAAUUAUUUGUAACAUUGCUAUAGUCAUAUGUGUGCUAGAGGAUGUUUCUGGCCCUCAGGCCUUGUUCCGGUCGAGUGCUGUAAUAAAGGGCCAGACUCAUGUAGGGCUCGUGAUAUUCCUUGGGUCAACAAUCGGGAUGGCAUUUGUACAGGGCUUGUUUGAGCAUAGAGUCAAGGUACUGAGCUACGGAGAUGGGUCCUCAAGGAUAUGGGAAGGGCCUCUCUUGGUGAUAAUGUACUCAUUUUUGGUGCUUAUUGAUUCCAUGAUGAGUGCAGUAUUUUAUUUCAGUUGCAGAUCACAUAGCAUGGAAGCAUCAGGUGUAGAUCGGCAACCGAUUUUGGAAAGUAUGGCUAUCUCUGCCGAAUCAAUGGGUAUCUAAGUGCGAGCACAGGGUUUAUGUACUUCUAUCUGGAAGAGAAGAGAUGCAUUAGAAGUUAAGUCCAUUGCCAUUUGUUAUUCUUUAAGCUCACAUAUAUCGAGAAAGUAUCUAGGUUUUCUGGGUCGAGCCUUUUCCAUCAUUGGUUUGGUGCGGAGAACAAAACUAGACGGCUCCCAACCAUGUUGGUAGGUAAUUCAUUCUACUGAUCCUAAUAUUGGUCUUCAGCACACAAUGACUUCAAAAGGGAGUUGACAAUGGCAGUCACAUACUGUUGGAAAUAUUACUCUGAAUAUACAGAAUAAGAUAGAAAGAUCAUAUGGAUUUGCUUUUGCACCUUGUGUUCUUUCAACAUUUUUAUUUUUUGGUUGUUCCAUAUACGACUCUGCGUACUCAGUCGCACUGCGUAUAUGUAAGGCUUCAGGCUUCAUUAGCUGCAACAUUAUGCAUUAUGCUGGAACCGAGCUCCAAUGCACAGGCAUAGGUUUUUAACUUUCUAGUAAGGAGAGUUGCUUAAUUUUUGAGUGGAAAAAGUUUUUCAGCAUCUGUUGAACAUUCAAUUAUACCCAAGCAAUGCCAAAUAAAAAUUUGUUGUUACCUC